AUGCCACGGAAUGCCCUCUCCCCAGAUGGCCCCGUCACCAUACCAGGUCCAGCCGCAGAACGGCCCUUGAAAGCCUCAGCUCCAUCCACAUCAAAAUGGAACACAGACAAGCUAGGCAUGCGCCUCGGCGUAGACAUCGCCAGCGCAAUGACAGCAGGCGCCCUAACCUGUCCCGUCAUCACCGUCAUCGAUCGAGCCAUCAUCGAAAAAGCCGCCAAGGGCCUCCCCAUCCGCAGCACCCUCGCCUCCUGCUUCCGGUCGAUGCUCACCCGCCCCGUGGCGUUUCUCACAAGCACCCCGUUUUUAUUGAUAUACACCCUCUACACCUCGACGUACCUCACCGCCAACGCAAUCGAUACCCUGACCUCCACGCUCCGCGAUAAGCCCUUUGAGACUGUCUUCCCCGGCACGGCCAAGUUCCUGACGACCACGGCUGUGAAUAUGGGAAUAUGCGUGUACAAGGAUGCGCGGUUCGCGAGGAUUUUUGGUGCCAGCAGCGCCCCAUCUACGUCUACCACACCCGGAGGUGGUGUCGGUGUCGCCUCCGGCGGAGGAGGAGGACAAGCAACAUGCCACCCAUCCAGCAGCUCAGCUCUAAAGGUCCCAAAGGUGAGCUACGGACUCUUCUGUCUACGGGAUAGCAUCACCAUCUUCGCGUCGUUUAAUGUGCCUGCGCUACUGGCGCCGAGCAUUCCGGAUGGGAUUGCGGCUACGCCGGGGACGAAGGCUGCGCUGGCGCAGUUUGCGUGUCCGGCGCUGAUGCAGUUUGUGAGCACGCCGAUGCAUUUGCUGGGCUUGGAUCUGUAUAAUCGGCAGCCUGCUGGUGGGCUGGGGUGGAGGGAGAGAGUGGGGCGGAUCAGGAGGGAUUAUGUGGCGAGUUGUUUUGCGCGGAUGGGGAAGAUUGUGCCUGCUUAUGGGGUUGGGGGUGUGGUGAAUGUUAGGAUGAGGGAUGGGUUGAUGCGGAGCUUGUCUUCUGCUUCUGCCUCUUGA